CUCGACCCUGAGCCCAGUUCCGUGGAUGUAGCAGAUACAACUAAAGAUAAGUCUGAUCCCAAGUCCAGUAAAUCUGUUCCUGAGCCCAGUUCCGUGGAUGUAGCAGAUACAACUAAAGAUAAGUCUGAUCCCAAGUCCAGUAAAUCUGUUCCUGAGCCCAGUCCCACAAAUACAGAUAAAAAUACAGAUAAAAAUACAGAUAAAAAUGCAGAUAAAAAUGCAGAUAAAAACACAGAUAAAAACACAGAUAAAAAUACAGAUAAAAAUAAUGAUAAAACUGUAGCCGAUGAACCUACACCCACAGGCUCAGAUUCGAUUUCUACGGAUGCGGCCGAUUCUCAAGACUCAACCCCCACAGGCCCUGCAGAUUCAAAAAAUCCGCAUUCUACGGAUUCUAUGGACUCUCAAGAUUCAAUCCCCACGAAGUCUGCGGAUUCUCAAGGUCCAACUCCCACAAACCCUGCAGUUUCACAUGAUCCAAUCACAACAGACCCUGCAGAUUCUUCAAAUCUCACGGAUCCUCCAAGUUCCAUGGGUCCUCAAGAUUCUACAGAUUCUCCACCAAGUCCUACGGAUCCUCUCACGGAUCCUCCAUCAAGUCCCACAGAUUCUUCACGUUUCAUGGGUCCUCAAGAUUCUACAGAUUCUCCACCAAGUCCUACGAAUCCUCUCACGGAUCCUCCAUCAAGGCCCACAGAUUCUUCAAGUUUCAUGGGUCCUCAAAAUUCUACAGAUUCUCCACCAAGUCCAUCAAGGCCCACAGAUUCUUCAAGUUCCAUGGGUCCUCAAGAUUCUACAGAUCCUCCAUCAAGUUCCACGAAUUCUCCACAAAGCACGGAUUCUCCACCAAAAUACGCGGAUUCUCUAUCAAAUCCCACGGGUUCUUCACCAAGUCUCACGAAUCAUCCAUCAAGUCCCACGAAUUCUCCACAAGGUCACACGGGUUCUCCAUCAAACUUCGUGGAUUCUAAAUCAGGUCCCACAGGUUCUUCACCAAGUUUCACGGGUCCGCCACCAGGUUCCAUGCACACAGAUUCGCCAUCAAAACCUACUGAUUCUCCAAAAAGCAUCAUGGAAAAUACAAAUCCUAACACAAUAAAUCAACCAAGUUCCACUGGAGAUUUAUUAAUUAAUCAACCAAGUCAUACGGCAAAUCAACCUAACAUUGUUUCCCAUCCAAGUUCCACAGAACCUCCAUCUAUCCAACCAAGUGCUCAACCAAGUUCACCUAAUGCUGCUGUGAAAAAUGAUCCUGCGGAUCCUACGAGUAGUGUAACGUCUGCCACAAGGGUUCAUUUUAACCCGGCUGCAAGUGUUACAUUGCCUUUGGAAACAAGCACCAAGACAGCUAACCGUCCAGUGUCCACUGAUUAUCCCUCUAAGAUUUUAACCCCAGAUUCAUCUUCGGACGUUCCACAAGAUUUUUCUAAAUUAAGCCUGACAUUGUCACCAGCUCUUUCAUGGGAGUCGGUGGUCAAAGAUACAAACAUUCCUGCUGCCAUAGAAAUUCAAAUUAAAAAUUCUGUCGCAGAUUCACUUGGAAUCUCUCCUGAUGAUGUAAAAAUUCUGAGCAUAGAACGUUGUGACAAUGAUGGUGUUAAGGUCAAUUUUGCAAUUCCCACGGAUUCUGUUGAUGAUUUGUCAAACAUUGUAAGCGAUAAAAAUAGCAGUUUUUAUCAAAACUCUCAAAUGUCUAGCUUAGUAGACGAAUUAGAGGUUAAUGAUAAUAGUGAUAACAAAAAAGGUGAAAAGACUGUACCAGCAGGAACAUCACAAAAUACAAUAUUAGUUAUGGGAGCAGUUCUUGGAUCUGCAUUUUUAUACACAGCAGCAACAGUACUGGCAGUUCGAGCUUAUAGAAAGCGUAAAGCUCGUUCUGAAGCCGAUAUGAUGGAUGGAAGAAGUUAUUUGGAAUAG